GACGCGCCGCCGGGCCCGCUCCUCCGCGCCAGCCAGUGUCCGGCCGCGGGCCGGCCUUCGUGACUGGGGCGGCGGGCCCCGGGCCGCGUCGUGGGGCGGGCAGGGACGCCGCCGCGGGCCGCCUUCGUCGCCCUCGAGCUCGCGCGUGGCGAGCCGCGGCCCGCGGGCCUCCACGGAGCCCCCUCGCCGCUCCCGCCGGCGAGCAAGAUGAUGUGCGAGGUGAUGCCAACCAUCAGUGAAGCAGAGGGCCCCCCAGGAGGAAGUGGGAGCCAUGGGUCAGGCUCCCCAUCACAGCCAGAUGCAGAUUCCCAUUUUGAACAGCUCAUGGUGUCCAUGCUAGAGGAAAGGGAUCGUCUCCUGGACACGCUGAGAGAGACCCAAGAAACGCUGGCCUUAACCCAGGGGAAAUUACAUGAGGUCGGACACGAAAGAGACUCUUUGCAGAGACAACUCAACACUGCACUUCCACAGGAGUUUGCAGCGCUCACAAAAGAACUGAAUGUGUGCCGGGAGCAGCUCCUUGAGAGGGAAGAGGAAAUUGCUGAGCUGAAAGCAGAAAGGAACAAUACCAGGCUGCUGCUGGAGCAUUUGGAGUGCCUUGUGUCCAGGCAUGAGCGAUCUCUUAGGAUGACAGUGGUGAAGAGACAAGCACAGUCCCCCGCCGGUGUGUCCAGUGAGGUGGAGGUGCUCAAAGCUCUGAAGUCCUUGUUUGAGCACCACAAAGCCCUGGAUGAGAAGGUGCGAGAGCGGCUCCGAGUAGCACUGGAGAGGUGCAGCUUGUUAGAAGAAGAACUGGGUGCUACACACAAAGAGCUAAUGAUUCUUAAAGAACAGAAUAAUCAGAAGAAAACACUAACAGAUGGGGUGCUUGACAUCAACCACGAGCAGGAAAACACACCAAGCACGAAUGGAAAGAGAUCUUCCGAUGGAUCCCUUAGCCACGAGGAAGACCUUGCGAAGGUAAUGGAGCUCCAGGAAGUCAUAGACAAGCAGUCAAGAGAGCAGAGCCAGAUGAAAGAGCGUCUGGCCGCCCUCUCCAGUCAUGUGGCAGAGCUGGAAGAAGAUCUGGACACAGCCAGAAAGGAUCUCAUCAAGUCUGAAGAGAUGAACACAAAGUUGCAACGAGAUGUCCGAGAAGCCAUGGCCCAGAAGGAGGACAUGGAGGAGAGGAUCACCACCCUUGAAAAGCGCUACCUUGCUGCCCAGCGCGAGGCCACAUCGGUACACGACCUCAACGACAAACUGGAAAACGAGAUUGCAAAUAAGGAUUCUAUGCACCGGCAGACGGAAGAUAAAAACCGGCAGUUACAGGAGCGCCUGGAGCUGGCGGAGCAGAAGCUGCAGCAGACCCUGCGGAAAGCCGAGACCUUACCGGAGGUGGAGGCUGAGCUGGCCCAGAGGGUGGCUGCGCUCUCCAAGGCUGAGGAGAGACACGGCAACAUUGAGGAGAGGCUGCGGCAGAUGGAGGCACAGCUGGAGGAGAAGAACCAGGAGCUGCAACGGGCCAGGCAGAGAGAAAAGAUGAAUGAGGAGCAUAAUAAACGUUUAUCAGACACUGUGGACAAGCUUCUUUCAGAGUCCAAUGAGAGGCUUCAGCUCCACCUGAAGGAGAGAAUGGCUGCUCUGGAAGACAAGAAUUCUUUAUUACGAGAAGUUGAAAAUGCAAAGAAGCAAUUAGAAGAAACACAGCACGAUAAGGACCAGCUAGUCCUCAACAUUGAAGCACUGAGGGCCGAGCUCGACCAGAUGAGACUGCGGGGCGCCUCGCUUCUCCACGGCCGCCCCCACCUGGGCAGUGUCCCGGAUUUCCGGCUCCCCGUGGCGGACGGGCACAUGGAUGCCUUCAGCACCAGUGCUGUGCUGCGGCGUCCCCAGAAAGGCCGACUGGCAGCGCUGCGGGACGAGCCCUCCAAGGUGCAAACUCUCAAUGAACAGGAUUGGGAACGAGCCCAGCAGGCCAGCGUCUUGGCAAAUGUAGCACAGGCGUUCGAGAGUGACGUGGAUGUGUCCGACGGUGAAGAUGACAGGGACACACUGCUCAGCUCGGUGGACUUGCUGUCUCCCAGUGGGCAGGCCGAUGCACAAACACUGGCCAUGAUGCUUCAGGAACAGCUGGAUGCCAUCAAUAAGGAGAUCAGGUUGAUCCAAGAAGAGAAGGAGAGCACAGAGCAGCGGGCAGAGGAGAUCGAAAGUCGAGUCGGCAGUGGGAGUUUAGACAACCUUGGUCGUUUUAGAUCAAUGAGCUCCAUUCCCCCCUACCCAGCCUCCUCGCUUGCCAGCUCCUCCCCUCCAGGCAGCGGCCGCUCCACCCCGAGAAGGGUGCCUCACAGCCCUGCUCGGGAGGUGGACAGACUGGGCGUCAUGACUCUGUUGCCAGCGUCUAGAGAAGAGGUACGAGAUGACAAGACAACCAUAAAAUGUGAAACUUCUCCCCCCUCCUCCCCGAGGCCCCUGCGCUUAGACAGGAUGCACAAAGGCGCACUCCAUACGGUCAGCCACGAAGACAUCAGGGACCUGCGAAACUCGACAGGCUCCCAGGAUGGCCCUGUGAGCAACCCCAGCAGCAGCAACAGCAGCCAGGACUCCCUCCAUAAAGCCCCAAAGAAGAAAGGCAUCAAGUCUUCUAUUGGCCGCUUGUUUGGCAAGAAGGAAAAGGGCCGGCCUGGACAGAUGGGCAAAGAGUCCCCAGGACAAGCUGCUCUCUCAGAGACAGAAAACUCAUCUCAAGAUGCCUUAGGGCUCAGCAAGUUGGGAGGUCAGGCUGAGAAAAACCGCAAACUUCAGAAAAAGCACGAGUUGCUGGAGGAAGCCCGAAGGCAAGGCUUACCUUUUGCUCAGUGGGACGGGCCCACCGUGGUGGUGUGGCUAGAGCUCUGGGUUGGGAUGCCUGCCUGGUAUGUGGCAGCCUGCCGAGCAAAUGUUAAAAGUGGAGCCAUCAUGUCAGCUCUGUCUGACACGGAGAUCCAGCGGGAGAUUGGCAUCAGCAACCCCCUACACAGGCUGAAGCUCCGGCUGGCCAUCCAGGAGAUCAUGUCGCUGACCAGCCCGUCUGCCCCACCCACAUCCAGGACGACCACAGGAAAUGUCUGGUUAACUCAUGAAGAGAUGGAAACGCUCGCAGCCACGCCACAAACGACACUCGCUUACGGGGACAUGAACCAUGAGUGGAUUGGCAACGAGUGGCUGCCCAGCCUGGGGCUCCCGCAGUACCGCAGCUACUUCAUGGAGUGCCUCGUGGAUGCCAGGAUGCUGGACCACCUGACCAAGAAGGACCUGCGGGGACAGCUGAAAAUGGUGGACAGCUUCCACAGAAACAGUUUCCAGUGUGGAAUUAUGUGCCUGAGAAGGUUAAAUUAUGACCGUAAGGAACUGGAAAGAAAAAGAGAAGAGAGUCAGAAUGAAGUAAAAGAUGUGCUCGUUUGGAGCAACGACCGAGUGAUGCGGUGGAUCCUGUCCAUCGGCCUCAAAGAAUACGCCAAUAACCUCGUGGAGAGCGGCGUCCACGGAGCUCUGCUGGCCUUGGAUGAAACCUUCGACUUCAGCGCACUGGCCCUGUUGCUGCAGAUCCCCACGCAGAACACACAGGCUCGCACGGUCUUGGAAAGAGAGUUUAACAACCUUUUAGUCAUGGGAACUGACAGAAGGUUUGAUGAAGACGACGACAAGAGCUUCAGGAGAGCACCCUCGUGGAGGAAAAAGUUCCGACCCAAGGACCUCCGCGGCCUGGCUGCUGGGUCUGCAGAGACGCUGCCGGCCAACUUCCGGGUCACUUCUUCCAUGUCUUCCCCCUCCAUGCAGCCAAAGAAGAUGCAGAUGGACGGCAGUGUGUCAGCGACACAGAGAUUGGAUUCUGCUACAGUCAGGACUUACUCCUGCUAGAGCUCCUGUCCCGUCGUUUACCCGCACUACUUCUACAGAUGACCCUGCAGCAGGGACCCAGCGGGGACUGCGUUUCAUCCAGUGGAAUCUUGUUAUAUGGACCUGAAGAUAUUUUAUUACAGAGUUUUUAAAUUAGUGAAAAAUCCAUGAAUAUCAUAGAGAAAAUAUUUUAGAAUUUAAUGUUUCUUAUAUUUAUGUAAACUUAUGGUCUUCAUUUAUAUAGCUACUUACUUUUUCAUGUAUAUCCCGGCUAUAAAUAUCCUUUUGAAUAAAUUCAUGUUCCGAUAUCUGAUUUUAGUCUUUGGAACGAAUGUACUGUAACGCCUGUAUGUAUAAAUCCUGUGAACAAAUAGAGGGGUUUUGUAAAUGAUGCA